AUGCAUUACGUCGCAACCAUCAGCAUUGCGCUUCCAUUGCUCACUGUCGGCGCACGCGUCGGACACGAUCACGGACACGGCCAUGUUCACGCAGAGAUGCAUCGUCGCGCUCUUGUGACCACCGUCGUCGAGGUCACUGAGACUGUAUACACUACUGUCACUGUCGACCCGGUUGGCCAGUCUUCUAGCACGUCGUCUGCUUCCGCUUCGUUGGAAGGUUCCAUGACAGUCGAGCUCCCGGACAAGGGCGCUUCAACUGCAGUGUCGACCCCAACCUCUUCGUCUACCGUCUCGCCGGAACCAUCCGGCACCAAAGCCUCAACCUACCCCGCCCUCUUCCCUGAGGCUAACUCGGCCAUCAUUGUCAACUCAUGUGUCCAUGACAUCUACGUUUCUUCCAUCGGCGACAGGAGCUGUGGACCGAGCACCAACUGCCAGCUCGUCCCGUCCAACACUACUUACCGAGAGGCUAUCCGCGUUUGCGACAAGAGCGGCAUCUCACUCAAGGUUUCGAAGACUGAGGACAUGACCAAGCCCAUGCAGUUCGAGUACACCGUGUGGGAUGACAAGAAGACUGUGUCCUACGACAUCUCGUACCUGGACUGCAUGGUCGAGAAAGACGGACAGAAGGACAUGACUGGUUGCGUCGGUUACGAGACUGGUAUCCAAGCCAAAUCCGGUGACGACUGCCCUACCUACAAGUGCGUCGGAAACGUGGUGUGCGCCAAGGACGCCUAUGUCGUCGCUGAGUUUAGUUACCAAGCUGGUGCUCCCGUCGGCGCUUGCAACGUCAACAGCGGUGUCGCUUUCGAGCUGUGUGCUGAGAACAGGGCUUAG